AUGCUCCCGACAUCUGCUGCCGCUGGCCUUCUGCUGGCUGCCGUUGGCUGCGCCUCUGCUCACUCACCACUCCACGCCCGCAGCGCGAACACCAGCCAUGUUGUGACCCUUCCCCUCACCCAAUACCUCAACAACAGGGCCUUCGGCAACUUCCCGGGAGAUGCCGACUUCGACGGCUCACUGCAGUCAUACCCGGCUUCCUCGCUGGCCUACUCUGGCUCCUUCACUUCGAGCGCUACGGGAGUCGAGUACCUGUUCCCAGCUGCCCAGCCCUCGAAUUCAAGCGACAAUGUGCUUUGCCUCGGACAGACCCUCUCUGUUCCCCUAGCGAGUUACCUGAGUGCUCAGUUGUUGGUCGCCAGCGACAGGAGAGACACCAUCGUGUCUGACAACAUCACCUUCACCUAUGCCGACAACACCACCUCUGUCUCUGAGAUCCGCGCAGAGCCGUGGUGGGCUUUCCUGACCAUGUACAAGGGGCAAAUCAUCUUGCCCUACCGCUUCCUUUCCAAUGAUACCAACUUCAACACCACCCACGUCUACGAGUGGACCGGUGCUUUGGAUCCUACCAAGCAGCUGACCUCCAUCUCUUUGCCUUCUACUGCCAAUACCACCACUGGCCGCAUGCAUGUCUUUGCUUUGUCGCUCCGAAGUGCCCCGGGGGUUCAGGUUCACCACCUCCGCCCCACCCAGAAGCAGGCCGAAGACGAUGCCCUUGUACAGCUCGUCGAGGUGACUAUUGGCAACUCUGGCCCGACGUGGAUACAUGGCGACGGUGUUGAGGUGUCCAUUGAAGCUCCUGGUCUUGAAACGGUCAAGCCGGCCCAGGUCAAACGUCUUCGAGUUGGUGACCAAAAGAAAGUCAACGUUGGAGUCGUGGGGUCCACAAACGGCACUGCAGUAGUCAAGCUUUCCACCAAGAAUGAAACGACAAGCUUCACUUUCCCCGGCACCGAAUUUGGAUUCAAGGACUACACCGAGUCUCUUGACAGUCUGACCUUGCAUGAAGCCCCUGAGUGGUUCAAUAACGCCAAAUUUGGCAUUUUUAUCCACUGGGGGCCUUACGCCGUCCCGGGCUGGGGCAACUCGACCCCUUACGAGGUGUAUGCAGAAUGGUACUGGUGGUACUCGCACCAUCUGGCCGCCGACAAGGCCGACACGUACGAUUAUCACCUGCGCACCUUCGGCCCCGACGUCAACUAUGACGACUUCUUUGUCAACUUCACCGCCGCGAACUACGAUCCCAAGGCUUGGGUUGAUCUGUUCGCAGAUGCAGGCGCUCAGUAUUUCGUUUUCACCACUAAGCAUCACGAUGGCUUCGCAGGCUUCGACACCAAGGGAACCUCAAACAGGAACUCCCUCAACUACGGCCCCAAGCGGGAUCUCCUGAGGGAGCUAUUCGACGCAGCCAAAAAAUACCAGCCACACCUGCGCCGCGGCACCUACUUCUCCUUGCCCGAAUGGUACAACCCCGACUUCGGACCCUACGGCUUCGCGCAGAAUGAAGGCAACACCUCCACCUCCUGGCCCGGCAUCCCGGCCACAAACCAAUACACGGGCGCCACGGAACCCUACACGGGGCACAUACCCGUCGACGACUUCAUAGCCGACGUCAUGGUCCCGCAGCAAGAGAUCCUCGCCUACGACUACGACACGGACAUCAUGUGGUGCGACACGGGCGCCGCCAACGGCACGGCCGGCUUCGCCGCGCGCUGGUUCAACGCCCGCCGCGACGUGGCCAUGAACUCGCGCUGCGGCCUCGCCCAGGGCGCCGACUUCGACACGCCCGAGUACACGACCUUCAGCAGCGUGUCGCCGCGCAAGUGGGAGAGCAACCAGGGCAUGGAUCCGUACAGCUACGGCUACAACCGCGCCACCCCCGACGCCGCCUACAUGAACGCGUCCGCCCUCGUCAAGACGCUGGUCGACAUGGUGGCCAAGAACGGGAACUUGUUGCUGGACGUCGGUCCCACGGCGGACGGGUCGAUCGUCGAGGUCGAGGCGGCGAAUCUGAGAGAGGCGGGCGUGUGGAUCAAGGCGCAUGCCGAGGCGCUGUUCAACACGACGUAUUGGUUCGUGAUGCCCGAGGUCGGCAGCAGCGUGCGGUUCACGCAGAACGAGGGCGCGUUUUUUGUGCUGUUUUUGGAGGAGCCGGCGGCUGGUGCGGAUGUCGUCGUCGAGGCGCCGCUGCCGGUGCUGCCGGGCGAUAGGGUCACGGUGUUGGGCGAGGAGGGGCUGGAAGUGGAGUGGAAGAAGACGGUUGAUGGUGGCGUGAGCUUUGCGUGGCCCGCGGAGAUGGAAGGCAAGGGGGAGUACUGCUGGGUGGUGAAGAUUGAGUAUGCCGCGUGA